AUGACCCUCUUCUCUACACCCCCAAUUUCCAUCAUUUUUUUAUUUUUACUCCUCAUCUUCGUCUUUCCAGUCCGAUCUGAGGAUGUUUCCUCCGCCAUCCGCUUGCCUUCUGAAGCUACCAAUAACGACGGCGAUGUAGAUCUCUGUCCUGUAUCGGUGCCCUCUUCUUGCCCCGUGAAAUGCUUUAGGACGGACCCGGUCUGCGGGGUUGAUGGCGUUACCUACUGGUGUGGUUGUGCCGAUGCUUUGUGUUCAGGUGUCAAGGUCGCCAAGAUGGGCUUUUGUGAGGUCGGCAACGGUGGUUCUGCGUCUAUUCCUGGCCAGGCUCUCCUCUUGGUGCAUAUCUUGUGGUUGAUCAUACUUGGAGUUUCCGUCUUGUUUGGACUCUUCUAAAUCUUCCAUUGCUUUGGCUCCCAUAGCAUCAUCUGGUUUGCUGUAUGAAUCCGUUUUUCCAUUUACAUUCUUCAUCUUAUACUUGAACAUUCUUUUGAGAGGAUAAUUAUUCAAUACUAUCCAGCUAGGAAAGCUAGGAUACGCAUAUGUUAGUUGAUCCGUUCUUUUUCUUUUCCAGAAAACUUCAGGAUAUAUGUAAAUAUAACCUAAAGAUUCCAAAGGUAAUUCACUAAAAAGCAUAAAACAUUGGCUUCA